AUGAGCUUACCUUUGCUACGCUUUCUGCAAAUACCUUUUGAUGACAUCGAUUUCGACAAUGUUGUCCUCAGCGAUCCAAGCUUAACAGAGAGCAGCAACAGUCCCCGAUUGACAGCUUCUGACGAAAUGGUUCUCAAUCCUGCAUACUGGUUUAGCCACCCUCCUCGAUACCGCUAUCUUAUGCAACGAAUUUCUACUCUACUGCCUACUCUACAGGCAUCUGCCUCAAGCACAGAGGACCAGAGUUGGGUUGCAGCACUUUUUGCCAAGGACGUGCCAGCUGCUAUGACACCAAAGAUCCUGACCACAGAUGGUGCUGACUCCAUUACCGAUCCUGAAUCUGAAGAUAUCACCGUGACCCCAUCUAUUUCCACUCCCACCACUGUCGCAACCACAACAACAAUCCCACCUGCAGACGAUGACUCCACUACUGAGCCUGAUUCUGACGCAGAAAUCGUGACCCCUGGCAUUUCUACUCUGACGGCUGUGAUCGAAGUCAAUUCAGGGCCAUGCAUGGACCCAGGCUCAACAACUGAAUCCGAAUCCGAUGAAAAUGUCCCGUUGGCUGCACCAGUUGUACCACCACAUCUUGAUCGUCUUGAUUCACGCUCCUUCUUCGCUACACCAAGUCCUCCUCCCCCGGAUUCAAUCUACUGGAAGUACAUCACACGUGAAGAAGACUCGAAGUGGUAUGACCGUGCAGGUACUGAUAGUAGCUUUUCAGCUGUGCGUCACAGGAAACAGGAAUUGCAGGCAUUGAUGGACAAAUGA